AUGAGAGUUGGGAGCUCGACUGCAAUUCCAUUUGUAAAAGAGAUCCAGUGUUGGAUUACUAGUGCAGAUGCACCCACAUUAAUAAUCUUGAAACUUAUCUACACUAUUUAUUUCGUAUACGAUGCGGCGAUAUGUAUAGCUAGAGCUUCCGCUCUACUAUUCUAUAAUCGGGUCUUCACCAGAAGGGCAAACACAGCUGCGUUCAACGCUAUAUUGUGGGCACUGCACGCUCUUAAUAUCACUUGGUUUAUUGGCAUCGUCUUCGGUACCAUAUUCCUCUGCAAGCCGAUCAACAAAAAUUGGGACCCAGCGCUACCAGGGACAUGUGGUCCAACAAGAGCACUGUGGAUUGGUAGUGCGGUUCCCAGCGUGUCUAUCGAUCUGAUAAUCCUGAUCCUUCCGCUACCAAAAAUCUGGCAUCUUCGAGAAACAAGCUUUAAACGAAAGGUGGGACUGAUCGUUGUAUUUAUACUUGGUUACUGUGUCGUCAUUGUCUCACUUGGGCGUUUAAUCAGCAUCCUCAUAUCUGGGGACGCGUUGAACAUCGACAUCACAUAUGAGGGCAUGCCCGUCGUUUACUGGAUUACUGCAGAGGCUCCCAUACUUCUACUGGGGAUAUGUGUUCCCGCCAUGUUACCUCUUAGUCGUCAUCUAACUGCUCACUACUUUGUUCCUUUAAUGUCCAAAUCGUCGUCAGUGCUGAAAACGUUUUCUAGUUCUGGCAGCAGCAAGAUCAGGAGCACGAAUGGAAGCUUUUCCCAGGGAACUUCUGCAAGCCACAAAUUGUAUUUACAGGCUGGGAAUACGGGUACUCUGGCCUCCAGUGCUGAGGAUAUAGAGAUGUCGAGCGACCAUUCCAUGAGCAGUCAGAGAGAGAUAUUCCGUACGGCACGUAAGCAAGAAGAGUACAGUGCAGCGUGUGAAGCAGGAAAUUCUCGACCUGAAAAAGGAUAA